AUGACGCUGGAGAAUCCGUUCUUUGUCGUCAAGGACGAAGUCUGUAAAGCCUUAAAUAAAAAUCGCGGUUUAUACGGGCGUUGGACGGAAUUACAAGAUGUUAUUGUUACGAGUCCUACGAGUGGAGGGAUUCCCAUCUCAUAUGAUGAAUUAGAGUGGACAACUACAGAACUACGGAAAGCCUUACGUUCGAUCGAAUGGGAUCUGGAUGAUCUGGAGGAUACGAUUUGUAUUGUUGAAAAGAACCCCACAAAGUUUAAGAUAGAUAAUAAGGAGUUAACGGUUCAACGAAGUUUUAUUGAACAAACGCGAGAGGAAGUGAAGAUCAUGAAGGAUAAGAUGAAUUUAAGUAGGAGCCGGGACCGUGACAGUACAGCAAGACAGCCGCUAUUAGAUAAUAGUCCUGCCCGAGUUCCUGUUAACCAUGGUACAACUAAAUACAGUAAAUUGGAAAAUGAAAUUGAUAGUCCAAAUAGGCAAUUUUUGGGUGAUACAUUGCAACAACAGAAUGACAUGAUAAGACAACAGGAUGAACAAUUGGACAUGAUAGGAGAAAGUAUUGGAACACUUAAAACAGUGUCUAGGCAAAUCAAUACCGAAUUAGAUGAACAAGCUGUUAUGCUAGAUGAAUUUGGUAAUGAGUUAGAGACGACUGAUUCUAAAUUGGAUGCAACAAUGAAAAAAAUGGCCAAAGUUCUUCAUAUGAGUAAUGAUCGGAGACAAUGGGUAGCCAUUGGAGUGUUGACAGCUAUAUUGGUGUUUCUAAUUAUUUUGUUUAUAAUUAAGUGAAUCAUUUAAUUUCUUAGCAUCCCUAAGAAUUAUUGGUUCUUCUUCAUAGCAUUUAGAUGAAUGUGUUACAUUCUGUUUUAAUAACAAAUUACUGAUAGCGAUAUUUUA